AUCAUGACUUGAAACAAAUUAAACAGCACACAACAAUACAGCAUUUUGUUGUGAGAAACAGUCAACAAAUAAAGACCUAAUUCAUCCAUUUUUAUAAAUAAUAGUAAAUACUAAAUAGUAAUAAUACUAUUAUUCAUUUUUAGAUAUGGGUGCUACGUCGAUGGUUCGAGGUGGAGGCACCAGGUUUCUCCCUUUGGGUUUGAUCAGCAUGGAACCGUUGUCGCCGGGGUGUGACAGCAGCAGCAGGGUCAAUUCUUCUUCCUAUGCACAGAAACCUUCAGAUCAAGAUAUUAAUGCAACCAGAUUUGGCGAUGUGGAGUUUGAGUUUCUUGGUGAUAUUUCCCUCCUUGAUAAUAAUGGUCAUCAUGAUGAUGACCUCUGUCACCGCCAUAACAACGAUCCUAUGCAGUUUGACGACGAUGAUGAAGAAGAAGAAGACGGUGAUAGUAACAACAAUAACGGUGACGCUAACGAGAGCAUAACCUUCUGGCAAAACCAGUACCAGCUCUUGCAGGCGAACAUACAGAGAACAAGUUCGUUGGAAUCGCGGAUAAGGAAUGAGGCGAAAGAGGCGGUUGAGGAGCUAAGAAGGUCGCCGGAGAUGGUGUGCAGUUGCAGCGGGAGCGGGAGACAGGUGGAUGCCAGCUCAUGCCGUAACUGCCUCAUGAGACAAGUCUCCAGGCGCCUCCAGGGUGCCGGUUUUGACAGUGCUAUUUGCAAAACCAAAUGGAGAACCUCACCCAACCUUCCAGCAGGAGAGCACACUUUUGUGGACGUGAUAGAUAAUACAAGCUCCAAGAGAGGAGACAUAAUUAGGGUGAUCAUAGAAGUGAACUUCCGAGCAGAGUUUGAGAUGGCGAAGACUUGUGAGGAAUACAACCGCCUGGUGCAGCGGCUGCCGGAGGUUUUCGUGGGGAAGGUGGAGAGACUAAAUAACAUAAUCAAAGUGUUGUGCAUGGGAGCAAAGAGGUGCAUGAAGGAGAACAAAAUGCACAUGGGGCCAUGGAGGAAGCAAAGAUACAUGAGUGCUAAGUGGCUGGGUCCAUGUGAUAGGAACACUUCAACAACACCGCUUUCAAUGGGACACUCUCAGUCUAAGAGAAUGCCUAAGCCAAAGGCAAAGGCAUCCAUGCUGACAGUGGAUCUACACCACCUUACGCCGGCUGUUAAAGUUCUCUAAACAAUUUUGUUUUAUCUUUAAAAGGAGUAAUCAAAUUAUUUAAUUUGAUUUUAUUUGUUUAUAUAUUUAUGUAUUGGUGGUAUUUGGGGGCAGCAC